AUGCCCGCGGGAAUAAACAGAGGGGAAUCUCGGUCGACCAGCUCCCUGCCUCCAGAUCCCAUGGAGAUCAUCAGGAGCAAGGCUUGUUCCAGAAGAGUCAAGCUCAAUGUUGGGGGACUUGCACAUGAAGUACUUUGGAGAACUUUGGACCGGUUACCCCGGACUCGACUGGGCAAGCUUCGAGAUUGCAAUACUCACGAGUCCCUUAUGGAGAGCUGUGAUGAUUACAAUUUGGAGGGAAACGAGUACUUUUUUGACCGUCACCCCGGAGCUUUUACAUCUAUUUUGAAUUUUUAUCGCACGGGCAAGUUGCAUAUGAUGGAAGAGAUGUGCGCGCUGUCCUUCAGUCAGGAGCUUGACUACUGGGGAAUAGACGAGAUCUAUCUGGAGUCCUGCUGUCAGGCCAGGUAUCAUCAGAAAAAGGAGCAAAUGAACGAGGAACUGAAACGAGAAGCUGAAACAAUGAGGGAUAGAGAGGGAGAAGAGUUUGAUAACACCUUUUGUGCAGAGAAAAGGAAGAAAUUAUGGGACCUUUUAGAGAAACCCAGUUCCUCGGUGGCUGCCAAGACCUUGGCAAUAAUAUCUAUACUUUUCAUUGUAUUAUCAACAAUUGCUUUGUCACUUAAUACACUUCCUGAACUACAAGACAAGGAUGAAUUUGGACAGUUCACGGACAACCCACAGUUGGCUCAUGUAGAAGCAGUGUGCAUUGCAUGGUUCACCAUGGAGUAUCUGUUGCGUUUCUUGUCAUCACCAAACAAAUGGAAAUUCUUUAAAGGUCCACUGAAUGUCAUUGAUUUGUUAGCCAUUUUGCCAUAUUACGUCACAAUAUUUCUCACAGAAUCCAACAAAAGUGUGCUUCAAUUCCAGAAUGUCAGAAGAGUGGUUCAGAUUUUCCGGAUAAUGAGGAUACUGCGAAUUCUCAAACUAGCCAGGCAUUCAACAGGCUUGCAGUCUCUGGGAUUCACACUCAGGCGAAGUUAUAAUGAACUUGGACUGCUGAUUUUGUUCCUGGCCAUGGGCAUAAUGAUCUUUUCAAGUUUGGUAUUUUUUGCUGAAAAGGAUGAAGAUGACACUAAAUUCAAGAGUAUUCCUGCUUCUUUCUGGUGGGCCACUAUUACUAUGACAACUGUUGGCUAUGGUGAUAUCUAUCCCAAAACCUUAUUGGGCAAGAUAGUUGGUGGACUAUGUUGUAUUGCAGGUGUGUUGGUGAUUGCUCUUCCCAUCCCAAUUAUUGUGAAUAACUUCUCAGAGUUCUACAAGGAACAGAAGAGACAGGAAAAAGCAAUAAAACGAAGAGAGGCACUUGAGCGGGCCAAGAGAAAUGGAAGUAUUGUCUCGAUGAAUAUGAAAGAUGCUUUUGCUCGCAGCAUAGAACUAAUGGAUAUUGUUGUUGAGAAAAAUGGAGAAAAUAUGGGUAAAAGUGAAAAACUACAGGACAGUAGUCUGUCACCCAACAAGUGGAAAUGGGGAAAACGGUCUGUGUCUGAGACCAGCUCUAACAAAUCUCCUGAAGCUAAACACAAAGAACAAAGCUCUCCUGGAAAUGCUCGCAGCCCACACAUUACCCCACAACACCUAAAUGUGCAGAAAUUGGAGGACAUGUACAGUAAAAUGGCAAAGACACAAUCACAGCCCAAUAUGAACAUAAGUCAAAUGGGUCAAAUGUAUAAAGUGAAAAAGCAAAAUCAAAUAGAGAUGGAGAAAGUAUCUGGUCCCUCUGAUCCAUUAUUAAAUACACCAGAUGGAAUACUGGAUAUGAGGAGUCUGUCUAGCAUAGACAGUUUUAUUAGCUGUGCUACAGAGUUUCCAGAUGCUGGGAAGUUUACUCACAGUCCUACAAUAAUGCUCCCCAGUAAAGUAUGUGAGAAUCCAGGUUGUGAAAACAUUCAGGAUAAAGAAUCAUCAAUCCUGCCAGCUGAUACUGCACAGAGCAUGCAAUCUGUCACAAAACUAGAUGGCAAUAAACACAACACCAUCUUUACAGAAAAUGUUAAAGCCACCUCCAGACCAGGCAACCCCAUAAAAUCUAGAUCUCUCAAAGUAAACUUUAUGGAAAGUGAUAUCAAUCCUGUUCACAACACUAAUAUAGCAGCUCUAUCAACAAUGGUGGACCCUAUGGUGGGUGGAUCUCAGAGCAUCACUGGUCCUAUGGAUGGCCCAUUGAAUACAGAGAGAUAUCUACCUGGCAUAGAAGCUUCAACAGCUUGUUCGUCAUCUGGAAUGAAACCUUCAGAAAACAUUGCGCCAGUGACUUUUACUUUCCAUGACGAUGGAGUGAAGAAAUACAUUGACGCAGAUAGUGAUGAAGAAGAUCAAUCACUGGAUGGAAGGAACCCAUCUGGACCAACAAAUCUCAUCUACCAUACCAUCAACAGCGACUGUCCAAGUAAGAAGGAUGCUGUCUCCCGACAGGGUGGAAAUUAUUUAGAAGAUUCUGGUGUGGCUUCUUCAGCAAAACAUUUUGGACAAAAUUGCAUGUACAGUUUGGAAGGUGUAAUGGAUAGAGUUAAGAAAAGUGGGACCCAAGAAGGUAACAAGUUAGACAACCACAUCUCACCAGAGAUUCAUGUGACAUAUGGUGAAAGUGGCUGUUCCACUGUAUAUGAUGACAACAUCUGA